UAGUAACAGUACUUGUAGUGGAAGGAAUUGCUGUGGCCCAGAAGACCCAAGAUGGACAAAAUAUUGGUAUCAAACACAUUCCUGCAACACAGUGUGGCAUUUGGAUUCGAACCAGCAAUGGAGGUCAUUUUGCUUCCCCAAAUUACCCAGACUCGUAUCCACCAAACAAGGAAUGUAUCUACAUUUUGGAAGCUGCUCCAAGGCAACGAAUAGAAUUGACUUUUGAUGAACAUUAUUACAUCGAACCUUCAUUUGAAUGUCGGUUUGAUCACUUGGAAGUUCGGGACGGGCCUUUUGGUUUUUCUCCACUUAUAGACCGUUACUGUGGUGUGAAAAGUCCUCCAUUAAUUAGAUCAACGGGGAGAUUCAUGUGGAUUAAGUUUAGUUCUGAUGAAGAACUAGAAGGACUGGGAUUUCGUGCCAAAUACUCGUUUAUUCCAGAUCCAGACUUUACUUACCUAGGAGGUAUUUUAAAUCCCAUCCCAGAUUGCCAGUUUGAGCUCUCAGGAGCUGAUGGAAUAGUACGUUCUAGUCAGGUCGAACAGGAGGAAAAAACAAAACCUGGCCAAGCGGUUGAUUGCAUAUGGACAAUUAGAGCUACUCCAAAAGCUAAGAUUUAUUUGAGGUUCCUAGAUUACCAAAUGGAGCACUCAAAUGAAUGCAAAAGAAACUUCGUUGCAGUCUAUGAUGGAAGCAGUUCGAUUGAAAAUCUGAAAGCCAAGUUUUGCAGCACUGUGGCCAACGAUGUAAUGCUCAAAACAGGCGUUGGAGUUAUAAGGAUGUGGGCAGACGAAGGUAGUCGGCUUAGCAGGUUUAGAAUGCUCUUUACGUCCUUUGUGGAACCCCCCUGUACAGGAAGCACUUUCUUUUGCCACAGCAACAUGUGCAUCAAUAAUUCUUUAGUCUGCAAUGGCAUUCAGAACUGUGCAUACCCUUGGGAUGAAAACCAUUGUAAAGAGAAGAAAAAAGCAGGACUAUUUGAACAAAUCACUAAAACUCAUGGAACAAUUAUUGGCAUCACAUCAGGAAUUGUCUUGGUUCUUCUCAUUAUUUCUAUUUUAGUACAAGUGAAACAGCCUCGAAAAAAGGUCAUGGCUUGCAAAACUGCUUUUAAUAAAACAGGAUUCCAAGAAGUGUUUGAUCCCCCCCACUAUGAACUGUUUUCCUUAAGGGACAAAGAGAUAUCUGCAGACCUGGCGGACUUAUCCGAAGAACUGGACAACUACCAGAAGAUGCGACGUUCCUCCACCGCCUCCCGGUGCAUUCAUGACCAUCACUGUGGGUCGCAAGUGUCCAGUGUCAAACAAAGCAGGACCAACCUCAGUUCCAUGGAGCUUCCUUUCCGAAAUGACUUUGCACAACCACAGCCAAUGAAAACAUUUAAUAGCACCUUCAAGAAAAGUAGCUACACUUUCAAACAGGCACAUGAAUGCCCUGAACAAGCCCUGGAAGACAGAGUAAUGGAGGAGAUUCCCUGUGAAAUUUACGUCAGGGGAAGAGAAGAUUCUGCACAAGCAUCCAUAUCCAUUGAUUUUUAAUCUUCUGAGUUAAUUAUUAAAUAUGUAUGUAUGCAGCCUCCAGAGACCCAUACAGUUAUCAGCAGCCAACCCUUGUCUCCUAUCAAAGACACGAAGACCUUCAUUUACCAUUAACCUAUUAUAAGAAUGAGGUUUUUUAUUAUCUCAGGCAGUGUAUAUAUGUUAAAUUGACCAAGGAACUUACUCCAUGCAGUGAAAAAAAUAAUAAUCUUCUCUUGCUUGGUGUCUUAUAAAGAGAUCACCAGAUAAAACGCUUUUGAGGAGCAGAGUGGCCGUGUUGAGCCAGGCUUCCAGGCUGCCUGGUAGUUUCAGCAACAGGUAUACUGCUCUUGAUCAAUACAGUUCUGUCAAUGUUUUGAUCCACAGUAAGGUUACAAAUAAAGAUUUUCUUUA